AUGCCAAAAUUAUCAAAAUUAGAGCGCAAAGCGCAGCCAGAACCUCCAGUGAAUCUAGGCGACGUCGACGAUGGUUUGGACAACAGGCACGAAUUGGAAAAGAAGGUUGCUUCCGUUAAGGCUAGAAAUAGCUCAAAUGCCUCCCAUAAAGGCCUCGGCAGGAAGAAAUCUACAAAGCAGCGAACACGCACCUCAAAAGCUGCGGAAAGAGCCGCUGAACACGCCGAUAAGCUCAAGAAUAAGCGUUCAGACUCCGAAACUCGCAAGCAAAAAAGGGACAACAGCAAAAGUGUCUGGGAAUAA